AUGUCGACCAAUAGAGAUACCGAAAAAGCCGAUGAUGGCCCCUUGUUCCUUGUCAACAACACCGUUCAAGACUUUUCAUGGAAAGGCCUGACGGUCACGGUCAAAGACCGGGCGACCAAGGAGCCACGCCAGCUGAUUAGCGAGAUCAGUGGCUCUGUUCAGCAAGGAGAACUUCUAGCUCUGAUGGGCCCUUCGGGCUGUGGCAAAACAACGCUGCUCAACGUCCUCGCUCGCCGCGCUGCAGCAUCAAAAGCCAAGGUGGAAGGAGAGUGCUUGGUGAAUAACAGAAAACUCGAUAGCGAGCCGUUUGCGCGUAUCACGUCGUAUGUCGAGCAGGAAGAUGCUUUGAUCGGGUCUCUGACCGUUGAGGAAACUAUCCGGUUUGCCGCCGACCUCUCCCUCCCUGGUGAUGUAUCCAAAUGUCAGCGUCGAGAACGGAUCACUACCCUACUACAAGCUCUCGGGAUCCAAAAGCAGGCAAAGACAUUGGUUGGAACCCCGAUUCGCAAAGGAAUCAGCGGAGGCCAGAAGAGGAGAGUGAGCAUUGCCAGUCAGUUGGUAUCUUGUCCCAAGAUCUUGUUCUUGGACGAGCCAACCAGCGGGCUCGACUCGACUGCCAGUUUCGAAGUGAUUUCGUAUGCUAAGAGGCUGGCCGUGGCGAACAAGCUCAUAAUUAUAGCAAGCAUCCACCAGCCAUCCACGGCGACGUUUCAGCUAUUCGACAAGCUUCUUCUACUUUCAGGCGGGCAAACUUGCUACUCCGGACCCGUGGCGAGCAUUGAGAGCUAUUUUGGGGACAUCGGCUUUGAGAUUCCGGCGUACACUAACCCGGCAGAGCAUCUUCUUGAUCUCGUCAGUGCGGACUUUCACGGUGAUUCUGGGGAAACGAGACAAAUUCAGCAGGCAUGGAGUCAAGCUGCAAAUAAUGACAGCACGUUGUCCAAAAUCAAUAAGCCAAUACAAAACCCAGACCGACAACAACAAAAGAACCUAAUUCUAUCGGCUGAAGAACUAGUCUCUCGCCGACCAGGGCUAAUAAGCAUUACUUUCUCCCUGCUGCACCGCUCGUGGAUUAAGAGCUAUCGGGACGUUGUGGCAUACGGAAUCCGCAUCCUUAUGUACAUGGGUUUGGCCAUUAUGAUGGGAACGGUCUGGCUGCGAUUGAGUACUUCUCAGGAAUCGAUCCAGCCAUUCGUGAAUGCAAUCUUCUUCGGCUCGGCGUUCAUGUCUUUCAUGGCAGUAGCCUAUGUCCCAGCGUUCCUCGAAGACCGAGCGACUUUCAUCAAAGAGCGCGCGAAUGGGAUGUAUGGUGCGACUCCAUUCAUCAUUGCCAAUUUCCUGAUCGGACUGCCCUUUUUAUUCUUGAUAUCAGUUCUCUUCUCCAUUGUGUCCUACUGGCUCUCAAACUUCCAGCCCACCGCCACGGCCUUUUUCACCUGGGUCAUGUGGCUGUUCCUCGACCUGGUGGCCGCCGAGUCGCUCGUCGUGCUCGUCUCAUCCCUAUUCCCUGUUUUUGUCAUUGCUCUCGCCCUGGUUGCGUUUGCGAAUGGGUUGUGGAUGAGCGUUGGCGGGUUCCUGGUGUCGCCGACGAUUCUCAAUCCGUUCUGGAAAUAUGUCUUUCACUAUAUUGACUAUCAGUCAUACGUCUUCCAAGGCAUGAUGAUCAAUGAAUUCAAAGACCGCGUCUAUUCCUGCGGUUCCGGUUGCCAGUGCAUGUACCAGACCGAUCUCGCGGCACAGUGCCAGAUUCGCGGGACUGGAGUCCUCGCCACAUAUGGGUAUAAUGCAGAGACCAAGAUGGGGAAAUUGGUUGGCAUUCUAGUCGGCAUUAUUGCUGUUUAUCGGUUGUUGGGGUGGAUGGCGCUGUAUAUCCGCCGGACUUGA